AGAGCAAAGGACGUAUAAUUUCAGUUACAGAUUUGCUUAAAAAAUACCAGCAUUGUCUAAAUCUCUGUGCUUUACGUUAAUGGUGCUUGCAUCCCAAGAGCAAACAUAUGCACAAAGAAAUCUGAUUGUCAGAGGACUAAAUAUCUCAAACACCAAUUUUCUUUUGACUACAUCUUGGCAAGGUAACUAAUUAGGAACAUGAAGACAAAGGGACAUGGUAACCCACACUUCGCCUUCCCUGUUGUGAUAAUCUUUUCUUUAUGUUUGCAAACAAGUGCGAACCAUACCGACUAUCCUAGGGUUAUAAAUGAAACCUGGAAUCCUAUCAGCCAGAACCGAAGUGGAAGCCAGAACAUAACAGAAGCCAAUACAAAUCCUCCUCUAAACAUCAACUUCAACAGCAAAACAACAACUUUUGAAAUGCGGACAAGUACCCUGCAAUCCUUAUCUUCAACAACGGCCCAAAAUUCAACAUCUUUCCCCACCAGAAGCGCUGUUUCUGCCACUGGAGGACCUAGGACUACCAGCAAACCCAAGAGCACAAUGACAAAAGAAACAUGUGAAGACAGUAAGUCUCUCAUACUGAUUUGCUUCAUUGUAAUAGCAGUCCUUGUGCUUAUCUGCACCUUCUUGUUUCUGUCGACGGUCGUAAUAGCAAACAAAAUGUCCUAUCUCAAAAAAACUAAGCAAGGAAAGCGUAGGCCCAGAAGCAAUGGUGAUAUUCUGGCGACCAACAGUUUAUGGCCCACUGCAGUGGGAACGUGGCAGAGGAUGCCCAAGGAGACAACUGGAACCGACUUGUUAAUGCAGGACUUCAUAUCAGGGAGAGACCCCGCGAUCCAAAGGAAAACCGAAGAUGAAACUUCUGAGAAACUCACUAAGAAAAUAGACAACGAACAGGAAAACAAAGAACCACUGAAGUCACACAAACCCAUUUUAACCAAUUUUGUAGUUGAAAUUUAAUUCAUACGCAGGUAAAACCUCAUCUUUUGCCUUUUUUUCCAUCAUUAAAUUAUGGCAAAACCUUAGCUUUCAAGUAACAACACGAAUUUUAACACAGGAAAGCUAAAUUCAGAUUUUAGGGUUUUUUCUUUGGCGAUAGUGGGAAUGCUGUAGCAACGUGUAGGUCUAGAAGGGAGUAAGAUUGUGUUAAAUAGCUUUCCAUAAAUACCAUCAACCCCAGCCUUACUCCUUUGACCAGAAAUCAUGGUGAUAGGAGCUGAACGGUAAAAUAAAAGGACAGAAGUCUGCUCAUUCUCAAAGUCAUUGGGGGAGGAAAGGAAAGGACUGUUAGUCGAAUAAAUGUGCCAUGCCAUGAGGUGCUGUACAGGUGUAACCAAGUUGCUUUUUUAAGAAAACCAUAAUUUGAUGCAGUCAGUGGAUCAGGAUCUAGUCCCUCUCAAAAUACCCUUUCAGGUUUUUCCAUCAAGAACUUCUUAAACCAGCUUAAUUGCUUUUGAACCCAAUUGAGAUUUGAAUGGUAUUUAUUGUGUUUCAACUUUGUCUAUGAAUAUAAGGUUUGUAUUAUUUGUUAGAAUAUGAGAACUGUUUCCAUUUGUUACCUAUAAUAAACUAGCAAUAUCAGUUUUCAAAUAGCCUGGCUUAUGCAAUA